UCGUUGUUUUUGUCAUUAUCAUAGAUGCAAGGAAGAAUUUUUAAAGAAGGAAGAUAUGAUAUCAAACCCAGAUACAGUUGCUCGUUUAUGUGGAUUUGCAAUUCAAAUUGGUGAAUUAUUUUCAAAUUUGAACGUAACAGCUGAAGGCGUUAGCGAAAAUGUGGCUAUCCUACGAUUGAUGAUAAGAAAUUUGCUGAUGCUUUUACUUAAACAUUCAACAAACGAAACAGUUACAUGUGCUACACAAGUAUUGAAGGGAGCAGGAUAUGUUGUUGAAGCAACAGAACAUUUAGAUAGACCAGAGGAAGGAUAUUUCAGCGAAGUGUUUUUUCAUCUUCGACAAUAUAAGUACCAGGAACGUAUACAUCUAACCACAAGGGCUUCAAUAGCAUCGUUGCUUAAUAAAAGGUCCCGUAAUUGGGCUCAAAGAAAUUCGUCACAGCAUCAUUCAAUUUCAUAUCUAACUUUAUUUCCAUCUGAGCAAAUUUACCAGAAGCGAGAGAGUCACAUUGAUACCAGAACAUUUGAGAACAACGGAAACACUACAAAUCAUGUGAAUGAAGUGCAACAGUUUGCAGAAAUCGACGAAAUAGAAUCAUUCUUACAAGGAGCAACGGAUUACACCUCUGAACAAGUAGCAGAACCAUUUACUGCAAAAGAAAAUGAGAGCGUUGGAAAAGAUAAUCAGAAAUCAGGGAACAGCAAGGGUGACAAAUAUCUGUGUAAAAUAUGUUUUGGUAAUCCAGUAGAAGUAAUAUUUUUGCCAUGCAUGCAUGUAUGCUGGUGCAAAAACUGUAGCGACAAGACAAAAGUGAAACAAUGUCCAAUUUGUAGGGAAAAGAUUAAAGAAAGUAGACCUUUGUAUUUUGCUUGAAAAAAGUGUAUGAUUCCUAGCUAGAAAUAAAACUGAUGUAAACGCUUAAGGAACAUUACACCGAUAUCAUUUGAUUCCUAAUAUGUGUAAAUUUAUUACAAGUAUGUGUGUUAUCAAAAUAAAAUAACAAGUAAAAACAUUUCUGUAGGACGGAACGCGAUAAAAAUUAUAAUCAAAAUUGACUAUUUAACAAUAAAAUUUUGUUCAGGAAAGGGAAUAUAUCAAGAACAUUUGUUCGAUGGCUUUACAUUUUAGUUAUCAUAUAUGGAGAAUGAAAAAAAACAUUUCGAUGGAUAGUUUUUGUUUCAUUGUUAUUUUAAUCAUUUUAUUUAUUGAUUCGUAGUAAAUGAGAUCAAAUAUUUGUUUUUAAUAAUAAAAAAAGGGAAAGACAAAAAUGUUGGGAUAUGAAUGAAACACUGUUUUUUCGUUUGUAAUUUUAUUUCAUCUAAUAGAAUGGUUUAAAAUAUUUAAAAUACAUAUUGUUAUCGAAAUCACUUCUAAUUAAACACAUCUUUACAAAUAAAAAAA